CAGGCGCGACAGCCAGUUUCGCCUCAGUCUUGGUGGUGCAUUUUUCCCGUUCGGAUGUGUCAAACGCGCAGUGUCAACCGCAGUGAAGAAAAAAUUGUGUUGUGAUGAGUCUUGAUGAAACCAAAAUGGAACCACUGCCAACGGUGGCCGCGGUGACAUCGCAAGUCGAGCCACAACAGGACACUGUUCCCGUCCAGCCAACCCCGCCGGCCGUCGGUGUUCGCAUCCGGCCGAAAAUUUGCGAUGUUCGCAACUGCGAUGCGAACAGUUUGCGCAACCCAGACCUGUUGUUUGUGUGCGUUCCGGGUCAUAGCUACCCAGAGCGACGCUUCGUUUGGUUGACAUUGAUGCAAGCCGUCCGCGACAAAAAGCGCAGCUACUGUUGCUCGCGACACUUUAAGAUUCCGGAUGAUUUUAAGGAUUUCCAAGAGUUUAUUUCGGCUCCGCCGGGCUACAAACGGCAACUGCUCGUCAAGAAGGGCGUAGUUCCGCAUCUCAAUAUGCCCCCGCUGAACAUGUCGGCUUUGCCUCCACUGACCGACCGGUGGCCCAUGACAUUGCCGGCGGGUAUGACCGAAACGGAACAAUUGCGCCACAAUGCUAUGCUGAUGGGAUCUAGGCACAAUGCGGCUCAUCCUCCACCGUCAUCGAGGACACAACAGCAACAGCAGCCGCCGCCGCCGCGGAUCCGAUACAGUAAAGGCGUCCAAACGGAAUCGACCAACAGCUCGGUCGGUAUCGUCGGACCACGGAAGGUGCCUCCCAGUCUGCAGUAUUGUAGGCUCUGCUUCCAGAAGCAGGACUUGGAACCGAUCUUCACCGGGGACCAAACGCUCAUCGAGCCGGAUUUGAUUGAUAAGAUUUUUGGCUGCACCGAGAUAAUGAUUUCCGUUGAAAGUGAUUUUCCUUCCUCGAUUUGUACCGGCUGCUACAACAAAGUGCAUGAAUACGUCAAUUUCCGCAAACUUGUUCAACAGAAUGAUAAAUCACUUAGAGGCAUUCCAUUGCCCCCAAUAAAUUCUACAUCUUCACACGUUAUACCUACAGCACCGAGACAGAAUAGCUUUGUGCGAACGAAAACCACUGUAGUAGUACAAAACAGACCUACCCAAAAGGUAACACCGAUUCGUCCAGUAAAUUCAACACCGCCAAGUUCUGUUCAAAGUGCACCUGUUACAGAACAAAGAGACGAUCCACUCCUAGAAGUUCAACGCAUAGAAAACGUUGAAAGAUAUCAGCGCCGACAAGCAACCAUCGAAAGGAAUCAACCGCUUCGUGCACAACGUGUACAAGAUACUUUCUAUCCGGUUCCAUAUCGCAGGCCAAUAACCGAGGGUGUCACUAUCGGCGAUCCUCUUGCAAGUGCAGAUAACGAACAGAAAACUCCAUCGGACUCGGAAGACUCCCUUGCACCAGAAGGAGUUCAACUCAACGAUCGGGUUGUUCCGGUCACCUUGAUUCGUGUUCAACCGGAUUCGUCUGAGAAUGACGAUACCAACGAAAGUCAACCCGUCAAUACAAAUCCAGAAACAUCGCAAGAUGUGACCAUAAAAGAAGAGGAACCGAGUACUGAAACUUCAUCUGAAAAGAUCACUAAUGACAAUUAUCAUGACUCGCCUAAUAAUGUCAUUAGACCCAGACCUUUACACCAAAUGAUGCACGGGUCUGAUAAAAAUAAAACGAACCCUCCAAAUGUUCUGCAGGCUGUAAAGCUACUACCAUCAGAUACCGCUAAGGCUCUUGUCAAUCAAAAAUCUUCUCUUAAACCUGUCAGUACAUUGACGAGAGGGAUAACAAGCGGACGCUUUCCCGUUCACAGGAUAUGGAACACAUUCGAAAAAAAUAAUCCCAAGUCACAUAUGGCUCGAAUGCUUCCUAAAUCGUUCAAUCGUGCAGUUAGACUACCAGGGGUGUUUUCUAGUUUGAUUCAUAGAGCUAAACUGCCUCAGUCCGCAACAUAUUCGCCCAAUACUUCUAAUAAAUCCACAAUCCCGAAACCGCUCUCAACCGCUUCAUCAAAUUUGGGAGAAACAAACAUCUUCGCCGCAAGCGCAACCUAAAGUUCAAAAAACACUAACGAUAAAACAUUCCACACCAUCGCCCGGUUCCUAAACCGAAAGCUCCCGUAGAUGCACCAAAACAGAAGGAAAACAGUACUUCUGAUACUCCCUCUGUCCCUGAUGUGCCUUCCAGUUCUACCAAAACCGUUGCUAAAUCUUCUGCUGCUUCACCUGUACCCGAACCCAAAUCUAUAAAACCACUCUCGCAAACGAAAGAUAAAGAUGUCUCUAAUAACACACGCCCCGAUCGUGGUCAUUUAGCGGUCG